UGAAAUCAAUGUCUCCAUCAAACUAGACAAUCUUGCAAAGAGGGAAAUCAUUCUGCUGAUCAGGAUGCUGUUGAACACAGCAAUCCUAAGACAAGAAUCGAUAGGGAUUGCUCGGCAAGGGUUUUAGUGCCACUCAAGCAUUUCAAAUUACCUAUUCUUGAUGAUUCCUUUUUCAUAAGGGACAAUCCGGCAGCUGGCAGAAGCACAACCUUCUCUCAAAAGAAGCCGAGCUUAAUGCUUGUAUCAAGAACCUUAUCUCCAGGAUCAAGGUUCGGUGGCAUUCGGGACACAAUAGCUCUGUCUAGUUGAAUAUCAAGGACACGAUCCAGGCAGCAUUGCAGACAUCAAUCAUGGAUGUCUUGAUACCUGAUCCACUGACUUUCAUGUUGAGGCUCACUGGACAUGAUGUUGAAUCAGAAAAACCUGAUCCUGAUAAAGAAUCUAAUAUCGGCGAAUCUUCUGCUUCCAAAGGUUCAGUGAUUGCACAUGAAAUAAAGCCAAUGGAUCGGAGGUUCUGGUUCGUACCAACACAAAGGAUAUGAUCAAAAUCAAUUUCAAUAUUACAUGCAGAGAUGUAGCUGGGGAGAAUUGUGUCGAUGAAACCAAAGCAACUGUUUUAUGGACAGGUGUGUUAUAAGUGACAUCAGUGUGGAAAUUCCCCCGCUUCAACAAAUCACACAUUCUUUCUGCUUGCAUUUUCUUGUCCCGGGAGAGUACACGCUAUUAGCCGCAGCAGUGAUUGAUAAUCCAAGCGACAUUCUACGUGCUCGUGCGAAGGCCACUUCACCAUCCGAGCCAAUUUUCUGCCGGAGACCACCGUAUCGCGUUCGUGUUCACGAAACUGCUUGACAUUUUUUGUCUAUAAAUACGAUGUGAACUUCAUGAGCUUAUAUUUGUGGAUUUAGGGUGUUAUCAUUUGUAUGAGUUUUUCAUAUGAUGCCCCCUGGGUGGUUCUGAUUGAUAUUUCUUGGAGUUGUGCUCUCUAAAUUAAGAAUCCAACUGAAGACAUUGAGGUUUCAACUGUAAAUCAUGUCAAAUUCGAUUGUGCUGUGAUGCGAUAGUUGCCAACAUGCUCAAAUUUAUUAAUAAAUACACAAUUCACACACUAAAGGUUAUUAAAUCU